GAUUUCGUCAGUGUCUUACGUUCUGCAGACUUACGAGGAUCUACGACUAGCGCAAGAAUAGCUUUUACGAUAUCUCAAAGAGGAAAACUCGAAUGAUGAACACUCCGUCAAAAAAAAUCACCUUCCUGGCCGCCGUCGCGUUGGUUUUGAUCGGAAUCGUAGGUUAUACGACGGCGGAUAUGGCGGAUGUGGCCAUGUGCAUCAGGAACUGCGCGCAGUGCAAGAAGAUGUUGGGCGACUACUUCGAAGGACCUCUGUGCGCAGACACCUGCGUCAAGUUCAAGGGCAAGAUGAUACCGGAUUGCGAGAACAUCGAUUCCAUUGCACCUUUUCUCAACAAGCUCGAGUGAUGUACGCCGCGAUUCAGAGUGUAGUAGUCACACAAUCGACACUUAUGUAUGUUGUUAGUAAAAUAUUAUGAUUUAUAUUUUGUAACGUGUACGCAGUUUUCGCUUAUUGAAACAUAAUAUAAUACGAGGAAUAAAUCAUUCGU